GCUCAACAAACCAUUCUCCAUUUCUCUCCUCCCCCAUCCAGCCAGCCUCUCUCCCGUACCGCGACGUACGCGCGGACUCUCCGGACCAGCCCGUUCGUCCGUUCGUUUCCCAUGGCGCAGCGCGACCACAGCAAGGAGGAGCCGACGGAGGUGCGGGCGCCGGAGAUCACGCUCUGCGCCAACCGCUGCGGCUUCCCGGGCAACCCGGCCACGCAGAACCUCUGCCAGAACUGCUUCCUCGCCGUCGCACGCCCGUCCUCGCCCUCCUCCUCCUCCAUGCCCGCGGCAGUCUCCGUCUCGACCCCCGCGGCGGUCGUCGACAGGCCGAGGCCGGCGCAGGUUGACCUCUCGCCGUCCAGCCCCGCCGUUGACCUGCCGCCAACGGAGGUGAAGCCCGCAAAGACGUCGGUGAACCGGUGCUCCAGCUGCCGGAAGCGCGUCGGGCUGACGGGGUUCCGGUGCCGCUGCGACCGGACGUUCUGCGGCGAGCACCGGUACUCGGACCGCCACGGCUGCACCUUCGACUACAGGGCGGCCGCCAGGGACGCCAUCGCCAGGGACAACCCCGUGGUGCGCGCGCCCAAGAUCGUCAGGUUCUGAGAGAGGAUCGACGGACUUUAGCCCAAGGCGCGCGAAGAGAAGAAGGAACGGAGGUGUGGGCUGUGCUGUUCUUCAAAGUGUUUUCCCUUAUUUAAAUUUUUUAUAAGUUGGAAUUGGAAAAUGGGAGGGAAGGAAUGGCGUGUAAUAUAUUGAACCGGUGGUUGAGGCGAAUGGGAAACAAAGAAAGAAAUGGAUUUGGAUGUGUAUGUUCCACAUA